GGACUGUUGGAGUCCCGAGAGAGAAUCUUCGAAAGCCGGACAAACUUAUACAGAAGUGAUGGUCGUUAAUAUUUUAUUUUUAAUUUAAUUGAUGUUCGGUUUGAACUCAUCGUUUCUUUCUUUGAUGCAAGUUACGUCAUGAUGUGAUGUAAAGCAAAGGUUGCCUCUUUCUCUCUGGUAACGUGUCUUGUAUGUGUUGUUCACUUCGUACUUUUCUUCUUCCUCCAUCCUUCUUCUUCCUCCUCCUUCUUCAACCUUUGCUUGCUCCCUCUGAAAGGAAGAGGUACUCAAAAAGGAUCCUUUUCUAAGUUAUUGACGAAAUCAAAUAAAAAAACUUUUUUUUUGAGACCCUUUUUGUGAGGAAGUCAUCAUCGAGCGGACUUAUUUCUCUGCUCUGCUAUUUCCGGUGACUAUCUUUGGCGGCACAGUACCUGAAAGCAGAGACUCCUUCGAGGAUGCAAGUUUCGUCAUCGUCGAUUCACUAUCGCUGCAGAUUGGACCCACUCUCUAUUGGAUCAUUUGCUUCCAAUCGAUCCAGCCAUGUUCAUGUCCAACGCAAGGCAAUUACUUUCAAGUUCAACCCUAUUCGCUCUCUGCCAUCACAACCUUGUUCUAGCUCUACUACGACCGUUGCUUCUUCGAACUCACCUUUCAUAAACGGUUCAUCCUCUCAUGGAAAUUUCCUUGUGACUCAAAGAAAAUGUUUCGUAUCACUACGAAGCAAGAGGAAGAUGAGAAAAAAGAGAGCUCACACUGUCUGCGCAGCGUUUGAGAAAUUUACUGAGAGAGCUAUAAAAGCUAUACUGUUUUCCCAGAGAGAAGCUCAAGCCCUUGGUAAGGAAGCUGUUCUCACGCAGCAUCUUUUGCUGGGACUAAUAGCAGAGGAGGAUAGUUCUCCUGAUGGUUUUCUUGCUUCUGGCGUCACCAUUGAUACGGCUCGAGAGACAGUUCGCAGCAUUUGGAAUCUCAAAGAUUCUAGCUCUGCUGCUACAGGCACCGAUGAUGGUGAAAGUGACGACAAAAAGGAUGUUACUGCUGUUCCUUAUCACCAUGUUCCCUUCUCCAUUAGCGUAAAGCGAGUGUUUGAGGCUGCUGCUGAAUAUUCCAAGCUUCUGGGCUAUAAUUUUAUUGGCCCCGAGCAUCUUGUCGUUGCUCUGUUCAAAGUUGAUGAUGGAAAUGCUGGCCGAGUCCUCAGGAGACUAGAUGUAAAUCCACACCACUUGGUAUCUAUAGCAUUCUCCAGACUACAAAAGGAACUUGCCAAAGAUGGAAGAGAACCUAAGAUGUUAUCCAAAGGGAUGCGUGGUAAGUCUCUUUCAAGAAAGGGCAGUGCCUCAGAAACCUCUGAUUCAUCAAAAGAUCAAAGUGCUCUAUCACAGUUCUGUGUGGAUCUCACUGCUCGUGCCGAUGAAGGACUAAUUGAUCCUGUUAUUGGUCGGGAAUUCGAGGUUCAGAGGAUUGUGCAAAUUUUAGCUAGAAAAACUAAAAGCAAUCCCAUUCUUCUCGGUGAAAGUGGUGUUGGAAAAACAGCUAUUGCCGAGGGUCUGGCAAUUCGUAUCGCUGACGCAGAUGUUCCUGUUUUCCUAUUGACAAAGCGUGUCAUGUCCUUGGAUGUUGCAUUAUUGAUGUCUGGGGCAAAGGAGAGAGGAGAACUUGAGGAACGUGUCACAAAAUUAAUAAAAGAUAUAAUACAGUCAGGUGAUGUCAUUCUUUUCAUUGAUGAAGUCCACACGCUUGUCCAGUCAGGGGCAGUUGGAUCGGGAAAACAAGGAGCUGGCCUUGACAUUUCUAGUUUGCUGAAACCUGCACUUGGAAGGGGUCAAUUUCAGUGCAUUGCAUCCACAACCAUGGAUGAGUACAGGAUGCAUUUUGAGAAAGAUAAGGCAUUGGCACGGCGGUUUCAACCUGUUUGGGUUGGAGAACCAAGUGAGGAUGAUGCAGUAAAGAUACUUAUGGGUCUACGUGAGAAAUAUGAGGCACACCACAAGUGCAAAUAUACACCAGAAGCCAUAAAGGCCGCUGUGCAUUUAUCAGCAAGAUACAUAGCUGAUAGGUAUCUUCCUGACAAAGCUAUUGACCUCAUUGAUGAAGCAGGAAGCAGAGCUCAUAUUGAAGCCUUCAAGAGAAAAAGAGAAGAAGAAGUUUGCAUUCUUUCCAAGAGCCCAGCUGAUUACUGGAAAGAAAUUAAAACUGUUCAGGCCAUGCAUGAAAUGGAAGGCAAACUCAAAUACUAUGGAGCUUCUGAUGAUACCAAUGAACUCGUCCUAGACUCCUAUUUGCCUUACACAACCAAUGAUGAUGAACCUUCAGUGGUUGGAUCUGAGGAGAUAGCAACAGUUGCUUCCCUGUGGUCAGGCAUUCCUGUUCAGCAGCUUACUGCUGAUCAAAGAAUGCUUCUGGUAAAUCUUGAACACCAUCUUCAGAAACGUGUGAUUGGACAAGAAGAGGCUGUUUCCGCCAUUUCUCGUGCUGUUAAGAGAUCGAGAGCUGGCCUUAAGGAUCCUGAUAGGCCAAUAGCAGCAAUGCUCUUCUGUGGCCCCACUGGUGUUGGCAAAACUGAACUUGCUAAAUCUCUGGCAGAAUGCUACUUUGGAUUAGAGGCAGCCAUGGUACGAUUAGACAUGAGUGAGUACAUGGAAAGACACACAGUAAGCAAAUUGAUUGGAUCUCCUCCAGGUUAUAUUGGUUAUGGAGAAGGAGGCACUUUAACAGAAGCUAUCAGAAGAAAACCAUUCACAUUGCUCCUGCUAGACGAAAUAGAGAAAGCUCAUCCUGAUGUAUUCAAUAUCCUUCUUCAGCUUCUUGAAGAUGGCCAUCUUACCGAUUCUCAGGGUCGAAGAGUUUCAUUUAAGAAUGCAUUGGUGAUAAUGACUUCAAAUGUGGGGUCAAGUGCCAUUGCAAAAGGUCGACGCAACUCCAUAGGUUUCUUGCUUCCAAAUGAUAAAGAAACUUCAUACAAUGGUUUGAGAUCAAUGGUGAUUGAAGAAUUAAGGACAUAUUUUCGUCCAGAGUUUCUCAACAGAAUAGACGAGGUGGUAGUGUUUCAAACCUUGGAAAAGACACAGCUUCUUGAAAUACUGGAUUUGAUGCUGGGAGAGGUGAAGAUGAGGACGAAGUGUCUAGGAAUUGAUUUAGAGGUUUCUGAAUCAGUGAAGGACUUGGUGUGUCAGAAAGGGUAUGACCCAACAUAUGGUGCAAGGCCUCUGAGGAGAGCCGUUACUUCACUGAUUGAAGAUCUGUUGAGUGAAGCAAUCAUUGCUGGAGAGUGCAAGCAAGGUGACACUGUCCUGAUUGAUUUGGAUGUUAACGGUAACCCAUUUGUUAUGAACCAGUUUAAUCAUAUUGUCAACUUAUCUGACACAACUCAACCCUGUAAAUAACCAUUUUAUACGGUAUAGGUACACAAUUCAUUGUUCUGGUUUUUUAAGCCCCUUGUUUCUAGCUUGGGCAAUUCAUUACUGUUUUUUCA